AUGGACGCAUCGGAUUUUGUCGAGGACGAAGCAGCUAUUGCUCAGCAGAAGCUUUCAAACGAAGAGUACAAGAUCUGGAAGAAGAAUUCUCCGUUUCUGUACGACCUCGUCGUCACACAUGCGCUGGAAUGGCCGUCGCUCACGUGCCAGUGGUUACCCGACAAAGAGUCGCCUGCCGGUCAAUCGUACACGCAGCACCGUCUACUGCUCGGCACGCACACAUCGGGUCAGGACCAGAACUAUCUUCAGUUCGCCCAAGUGCAACUGCCUACUACGGGGGCUGAUGGAGCAUCGAAUUCAGCCGAGUCUCGUCUAGAUCUCAAACAGUACGACGAGGACAAGGGCGAGAUCGGAAGCUAUUCGGCCACCACGGCCCGUUUGUCGAUUGUACAGAAAAUCAACCACGACGGAGAGAUCAACAGGGCAAGAUAUUGUCCUCAGAAUUGCGAUUUGAUCGCCACUCGAAGUGUGACGGGAAAGACGUACAUCUUUGACCGUACCAAGCACAGCAACACGCCGAGUGCCGAUGGCGUCUGUCGACCGGAUAUCAUCCUGGAAGGGCAGCACAAGGAAGGAUACGGUCUGUCUUGGUCGCCGUUGAAACAAGGCCAUAUUCUCGCUGCAAGCGAAGAUACGACAGUUUGUCACUGGGACAUUAACAACUACACAAAGCCCAACAACACGCUUCAGCCUAGCGCGACCUACACUGGGCACACUGCGAUUGUGGAAGAUGUUGCGUGGCACAAUCACCACGAGUCGCUCUUCGGUUCGGUGGGCGAUGAUCGCCAGCUGCUCAUCUGGGACAUCCGAGAGCCAGCGUCUGCACCCAAGUACCGCGUCGAAGCGCACACGGGUGAAGUCAACGCACUAGCAUUCAGUCCUGAGAACGAAAACAUCCUGGUCACCGGAUCGUCUGACAAGAGUGUGGGCGUAUGGGAUCUGCGCAACCUCAAAGUGAAACUGCACUCGCUCGAAUCGCACACGGACGAGAUCCUGUCGGUCUGCUGGUCGCCCCACCACGCCACUGUCUUAGCGAGCGCAUCCGCCGACCGAAGAGUCAACCUUUGGGACCUCAGCAAGAUUGGUCAAGAACAGACCCCCGACGACGCAGAAGACGGUCCGCCGGAACUCAUCUUUGUACACGGCGGUCACACCAGCCGCCCCACCGAUCUCGCUUGGAGCCCGCACAUGGAGUGGGCGCUCACCAGCGCUGCCGAGGACAACAUCGUCAUGGUCUGGAGACCCAGUAAGGCCGUCAUUGAUACCGGCAACGAGGAGCUCACCCCCGACGAUCUCGAGUAA